AUGUCGGUGAAGUUCCAAAUUUCCUUUAAAAUAUCUCAAGCUGUUGCCUACUUGCAUUCUCAGACCCCAUCAGUCAUCAAUAGGGACAUCAAACCUGAGAAUGUUCUUAUUGCUGAUAAAUUCAAUGUGGUCAAAAUUUGUGACAUGGGUUUGAGCAAACUCAAGCCAUUCUUGUACACUGGUGGAACUCAUGACAGAAAGUCAGAUUUGGAAUGUUUCGGAAGAGCCUUUGCUGAGUACUCUGUGUCCGAGUAUUUCCAUAUGCAAGACCGUGAGGGCAUCGCGACACUUAUCAGGUAUAUGGAAAUCGGGGCAUUUGGUGCUGGUAAAAGCAGUGACCUGACAUAUGGACUGCAUCCAAUAUUCAAGUCUGUUGCAAAAGAACCUGAAGUUGAACAAAAACCUAUAACACCAAUUUCUGACAGGAUACCAAAUGCAGAGUCAAUGACAUUGGCAUUCAAACUGAGCAUACAGAUAGAUGAAAAUUGGAAGGACCUGUUUACGUAUGCUCUUCUUGUACACAAACAUGCUUUAAAAACAGUGUAA